UUGGCCGUAAGCACCAUAGUCACCGCAAAUCCCCUCGUCAAAAUCGAGGAAAAGAAAGUCACGUAUCGAGGUGUGACCAAGGGCGCAGUGGAGGAUUUCCACAAUAUCAAGUUCGCCCAUGACACCUCUGGCUCGCGACGAUUUGCUCCUCCGGAACCAUACACGCCUCUGGAAGGCAGUGACAUUGACGCCACAACACCGGGUCCAGCUUGUCCUCAGUCCAAAGCUGGCAUCCCGCCCUUCUUCGCCGAGACCCCCGACCAGAGCGAGGAUUGCCUCCAUCUCCGGGUCACAAGACCUGCUGGCGUGACUACCAGCGACAAGCUGCCUGUGGUUGUGCAUCUUGUUGGCGGCGGCGUUAUCAAGGCUUCCACAUAUGAUGAGCAUUUUGAUCCUGCCAACCUUAUCACGCAAUCCGUCUCCCUCAACAAGCCUAUCAUCCACGUCGUCCUCAACUACCGCGUCACCAUCUAUGGCUUUGCACGCCUUCCCAUCCUGAAAGACCAGAAGUCGCUGAAUGUGGGGAUGCGAGAUCAGAGAGCUGGAAUCCAAUGGGUCAAAGACAACAUCGCGGCGUUUGGUGGUGAUCCAGAGAGGAUCACAUCUUUUGGAUUGAGUUCUGGGGGGACCUUCUCUUCGCUUCACCUCAUGACGUAUGGAGGCGAGCAAGGUGUUCCGUUCACACAGGUUUGGGCCAUGUCUGGGCCACCUGGCACCGCUCUCAACAUGACUUCCGACGCGACCGAGACACAUACUCGCGCCGUUGCAGAGAAGCUGGGAUGCGGGAACGACAAGGAUGAUGAAGGCCUCCUAGAAUGUUUGCGAGGGAUACCCAUGAACAUGUUGACAGAAACAGCAAUGGCAUAUUCAGUCAACAAUCAUCCACCAGCCGGGCUCUUUACCUUCAUUCCGUCGGUCGACGAGGAUUUUCUGCCUGAACGUCAGUCGGUCCUAUACAAAGCCGGGAAAUUUGUCAAAGGUAUUCCCAUGGUGUUUGGCUGGACGCAAGACGACGGUGCGACCAACGCGGGACCUGCUCCCAUGUUCCAAGCCGAGGAAGACAUGAAAGUUCCCAUCAAGAAUUUCGCUCACGCCCUCACCGACGACGACUACGGACGACUCUUCUCUCUCUACCCGGCUUCCGAUUUUGAGCAAGAGGUCCAGAAUUACGAGGCCAGAAAAGGCGACCUGGACCCUGUCGCACCUGUCCACUACUUCCGCGUUGCGCGCAUAAUGCGCGACCUCUUGUUCACAUGCUCGUCUAUCGACUUUGGUUUCGAGGUGUGGAGGCAAUCUAAAGCACGGGAUCCCACUUUCUCUGGAGUCCGACACUACGAUUUGAAUCAAAGCAGGGUGACACCGCUGUUCCACGCUGGUGGGAUGCCCUACCUCGGUGUUAUUCACGGUAGCGACAUGGACUAUAUCUACAACAACAUGUUCCCCAAGGACCAAACGUCGGAAGAAGAUCAACAGGUAUCCGAUACCAUAGUUGCGUCAUUUAUUAAUUUUGCCUACACCGGUAAUCCGAGUGGCGACGGUUUCCAGGCAUGGCCGGAGUCAUUUUCUGAGCCUGAAGGCCUGUAUGAGCACCCCGUCGACUCGGCCGGUCCCUCGGGAAUCCAUCUGCAGAUAAUUGGUGGACCAUUUGGUACGGGAACUUGUCACUUGGAGAGCGGGCUGGAUGAUAAUACGGGUUUUGCCUCUCAGGAGGGUAGUAUGCAGAAUCCCCUUGUCGAUAGCGUACAGUUAGGGAAGAUGGAGUCUGCAACUCAUCAGAAAAGGCAGCGAGAACUAGAACGCGAAAAGCUUCUAGAGCGAUGUGCAUUCAUCAAUAGCCUUGCGGAAAAGUUG